AUGGCGUCCUCUCUUGAAUCUGCGGGGUUCAAGGACAUGCUGAACAAUGUCCACGAUGUGUGGCAGCAAGUCCGCAUCCCCGUGAUUCUGUUUACGGCUUUCGGUCUGCUCGUUCUCCGUUUCUAUCUCCACAGCACCGAGGAGAAGGGAGAGCUGAAGGCGAUCCCCAAGGCCUACAACAGAGAAAAGCCCGAGGCCAAACCUGUAGAUGAAAAGAAGGAUGUGAAGAAGGAUAUCAAGCCUAGCUCGCCGAGCCCCGCCACCGAGUCGAAAGCGCCGAAAUCGAACGGACCCAAGAGGAUAAAGGGCGGUCUGGUCAAGCGGACCGCUUCGGACUCCUCGAAUGGAGAAGCUCUGGCCCGUAAGAUAAGGCCUCUGAUCUUCUUCUCGAGCAUCACUGCAAACACGCCCAAGAUCGCAAAGGAAUACGCCGAACGCCUGGAGAAGGAGUUGCAGAAGGCCGCCACGGACACCAGCUGCUCUUUUACUACUCCCGAGGUCCUCGAUCUUGCCGAGGUUGACUUUGACGACUAUUUUAUCACCCCCCCUAAGUCGGAGGAGGACCCUGCCGACCUGUUCUACCUCUUCCUGCUGCCGAGCUACAACAUUGACACGAUCAACGACACCUUUUUAGAACACCUCCAGGAGACUCACCAUGACUUUCGUAUUGAUACUGCCCCGCUGUCUUCGCUUCUGGGAUACUCCGUGUUUGGCUUUGGUGACAGGGAGGGCUGGCCAACGGAAGAAGACGGCUUCUGUUUCCAGGCCAAGGAGGUUGAUAAGUGGAUGGCCAAACUGACGGGCCGGAAGAGAGCCUUCCCAGUUGGAAUGGGCGACACAAAGAGAGAUUACACCGAGCGGUUGUCCGAAUGGUCUGAGGGUGUCGUUGACGUACUCGGCAUGCUGGCGAAGACGGGAAGCCUAGGCGAGGGUCUUCCUGGAAGUGGCGCCCCAGAAGAGAGCGAUGACGAAUCCGCGGAAGAGGAGGACGACGAAGUCCUCAUUGAGGACUCGGAGGCCAAGCCCGAGAAGCUCAAGAAUCGCAAGAACAUCGACGAUGUCGAGGACCUGGGACGCAUCAUGAAAAGCUCCAACCCUGAGGCAGACACAAAGAGUCGUGCGGCGACAGCACCCAUCGCCGUCGACUUCACAACGUACGGCAAGACGGUGCAAAAAAAGACGCCCACGUCCGCCGCCAAGGAGAUGGUGCCCAAGAACUCGCCCACCUACGCAUCGCUCACGAAGCAGGGCUACUCCAUCGUUGGCUCACACUCGGGCGUUAAGAUCUGCCGCUGGACCAAGUCGGCCCUCCGCGGCCGCGGCUCUUGCUACAAGUACUCCUUCUACGGCAUCAACUCGCACCAGUGUAUGGAGACGACACCCUCGCUGUCAUGCUCCAACAAGUGCGUCUUUUGCUGGCGCCACGGCACGAAUCCCGUCGGCACGACCUGGCGCUGGGUUGUCGACCCUCCAGAGCUUAUCUUCGACGGCGUCAAGGCCAACCAUUACAACAAGAUCAAGAUGCUACGCGGAGUCCCCGGUGUUCGCGCCGAGAGGUUCUCUGAGGCCAUGCGCAUCCGGCAUUGCGCUCUCUCCCUCGUCGGCGAGCCCAUCUUUUACCCUUACAUCAAUGAGUUCCUCGGCAUGCUCCACGCCGAGCGAAUCUCCUCCUUCCUUGUCUGCAACGCCCAGCACCCGGACCAACUCGCCGCCCUCAAGGCCGUGACGCAGCUAUACGUCUCCAUCGAUGCCUCCAACAAGGAAUCCCUCCGCAAGAUCGACCGCCCCCUGCACCGGGACUUUUGGGAGCGCUUCCAGCGGUGUCUGGACAUCCUGAGGGAGAAGCGUUUCAAGCACCGCACCGUCUUCCGCCUGACCCUGGUUAAGGGCUUUAACGUCGACGACGAGGUCGAGGGCUACGCCCAGCUCGUGGAGAAAGGUCUGCCUUGUUUCGUCGAGAUCAAGGGUGUCACGUAUUGCGGCACCUCAACGGCGUCCAACGCUGGCCUGAGCAUGUCCAACGUCCCCUUUUACUGGGAAGUAGCGGAGUUUGUCAAGGCGCUGGAGAAGAGGCUUAAUGAGAAGGGUCUCAAGUACGGCAUCGCGGCGGAGCACGCCCACAGCUGCUGUGUCCUGCUCGCGAGUGAUCGCUUCUAUGUUGACGGCAAGUGGCACCCUCGCAUCGACUAUCAGCGCUUUUUCGAGCUGCUGGAAGAGCGUGGUCCGGACGGUGACUGGAAGCCGGAGGACUACAUGGGCGAGGCGACGCCCGAGUGGGCUACAUGGGGUAACGGCGGUUUCGACCCCAGAGACGAGAGGGUGGACAGAAAGGGCAGGAAGAUUGAAAGGUAG